AACGCGUGCUGCGACUCCUCCCCACACGGGCGUCGCUCAGGUGAAGACACUUGCAGCAGUCCUCGGCCGCCGCUCCUGUGACCACCACCAGCGCCACACCCGCUCCGCGCCCUGCCACGCACCGCCUGGCCGCUCCUCGCCAUUCUCCUCACAACGACCACCAACAGGAAUAUCCUAAUGAACAACUUCAGCGUGGUGUUCGCUUCCCUGGUGGCCGCCUUCGUCCUCCUGUCCUCAGUCCAUGCUACUCCAAUCAACAGGGAGCCAUCGCGUGCUGUAGUGGAGAUAGACGACCCAGACUAUGUGCUGGAGUUGUUGACAAGAUUCAGCAACUCCAUCAUCAGAGCCAAGGAACUAGAAAAAUUCGUGCGCUCCUCCAGCGGCACCAAGCGUGGCCUGGAUCUGGGUCUUGGACGGGGCUUCAGCGGGUCCCAGGCCGCCAAGCACCUCAUGGGCCUCGCCGCCGCCAACUACGCGGGCGGCCCCGGCAGGAGGAAGAGGGAGUCCCAGGCUGCACCCCUUUCCCUGCACCACGAUGACCACCCGGCCGCCCAGGAACACGCUGCCAUCGCCGCCGCCGCCGCCGCCACUGCCGGCCUGCAGCAACAUUCCUCUCGAUAAGCGGCUCCCCUCCAUCAUGGCUGCCGCUGCCCCCCCACCCCUUCGACCCCCAGCACAAGUCCUUUGUUCCUCACGGCCCUCCCCCACCCCUGCCCCUCCAGCUCCAGGACAGUUCGUCAACUUCUCUGCUCUAGGCUCUCGGCUGCUCCUCCGCGCCCCUCGGCGGGCGUGGAGCGGGCUCCGGGGCGGUGUCCUGCACUCCACGCUGUAUCUGUAGUCGCAUUCCAUAUAUGAUGUGCGUAGUAGACUUCGCCUCGCCCGGAAGGACGUCCUCGACGCCUCCUGCAGCCCGGUGAGCCUCCGCCGCACCUCGGCGGGAGCUUCCCUCACGGCCGGCCCUUGGGUCUGGCGCAGAGGAGCCGCGGGAGACGCUGACCGCCUAGUCUGGGGCUCCGCGCGCCCCGCCGUGGCUGGAGACUAGCGUGAUGGCGUCCCGCCGCUCAUGGGCCCCGCCACCCCGCUCCCCCUCCCUGGGAUCGACGCCCCUGGACCACACACACUGCCGCCCAUGACGGCACUGCUGCCACUUGGUCCUUGGCGACCCUCCCUCUCUCUUGCGGCGCCUCUGGGCCUGGAACCCUUCGGUGGGCCGCGCGGCGCCCUGCCGUGGCCACAGGGCGUGGCAGGCGAGGCUCCGCCGCCGGCGAGGACAGGUCCUGGGCGGCACCGAGUCCUUCACAGCACGGGACGCUCCCGUCACCUGCAUCAUUCCACUCUCGGCCCGGGUCUUCUGUCUGCGUUGUGUUAGGGACGGGGCGGGGCGGGACAGACGAGGAGGGGCGGGGCUGGGUGGGGCUGGGCGUGACGGGCGGGGACCAGUGACCAAGCUACCCCGCCCCGCCCCGCCCUUCCCCGCCCUGUCCUGCGGGCUGGAACUUGUCUCACUAAGUUAAGACAGAGAAAUAAAUAUACGUGAGUGUAUAAGGAGCCAUUUCGUUCACGUUCAUGUAGAUAACAAAUAAAGCGUGUCGGUCCC